AUACCGGAAGAUGUUGAGCCUUCGUUACCGAAUGACCCAGUUAGCUUCUUAGAUUAGUGAAUAAUCGUAAAGGCAAACAAUUCAUUUGGUUAUUGUAUUUGUGUAGAUUUCCUUUUAUAAUGUAUUGUUUCUAAAGUCGUACGUCGGUGGCGAAACGAAUCUAAAAACAAGGAUUGUCGAAGCAAAAUGGACUAGUUGGCGUUGCUAUUUGGAUCAGCUAUGCUAGCUAACGUUAAAAUGAAUUGUCAAACCUUAGUUGCGCUCUAAAAAGCUUUGCCUUGUUCACACACGUUUUGUUCUCGGGCUUAUUAGUAAUUACGCAAUUAAAGUGUUCAGAGGAUCCUUCAAUUCAUCAGUUCCCGUUGAUGUUCUGUGUCUCAGCAAGGAACCAGUCAGUCCCAUGUCUGCUGAGGCGUCAGUCAGCAGUCAUGCUGCAAACUCUGCCCAGUCUGCUGUUUCCCAGCCUGUUUUCCAAAGCACUGUUGAAGAAAGACAUCAGGGUCUGUUGGGAAGCAAAUAUGUCAAGUUAAAUGUGGGUGGCUCACUGCAUUAUACAACUGUCCAGACAUUGACCAAGGAGGAAAGUCUUCUGCAGAGCAUUUGCAAUGGCGGAACUGAGGUGACCAUUGACUCAGACGGCUGGGUGAUUUUAGAUCGAAGUGGCCGACAUUUUGGCCUCAUUUUGAACUUCCUGCGGGAUGGAUCGGUACCGCUCCCUGAUGACCACAGAGAACUUGACGAGAUCCUGAAAGAAGCCCAGCACUACAGAGUCCAGGGGCUUAUCCAGCACUGCCUCACUGCCAUGCAGAAGCAAAAGGACAUUUUUGAAAGUGUGUGUCGCAUCCCCAUGAUCACAUCAGCCAAAGAAGAGCAGAGGAUGAUUGCUACCUGCAGAAAGCCGGUUGUAAAGUUGCAGAACAACAGGGGAAAUAACAAGUACUCAUACACCAGCAAUUCAGAUGACAACUUGUUGAAGAAUAUCGAACUGUUUGACAAACUUGUACUUCGCUUCAACGGCCGAGUCCUGUUUGUCAAAGAUGUGCUGGGGGACGAGAUUUGCUGCUGGUCUUUUUACGGCGAAGGUCGUAAGAUUGCUGAAGUAUGCUGCACGUCCAUCGUCUACGCCACAGAGAAGAAGCAGACCAAAGUUGAAUUUCCUGAAGCACGGAUUUUUGAAGAAACCCUCAAUAUCCUCAUUUAUGAGAAUGGUAGAAGGUCCGGUCCGGGAGGCUUGCACCUCUUAGAUUCUAGAGGGCCUGGUUCUUCGGUGGGCGCUGGCCAAUCAGAGGAAGAGGGCGCAGUGGGCGGUGACAGGCGAGUGAGGCGAAUCCACGUCAGGAGGCACAUAAUGCAUGAUGAAAGAGGGCACGGCCAGCAAACUGUGUACAAGGAUUAACAAUGUGAAGACAAAAAGGCACGCUGCAACAACAUGUUCUAUGAGCUGAUGGCAAUAUCUUCAUUGUCAGUAAUUGCAUUAUAUGUUACUGCCCAAGUUAAGGUUGUAACUGGAGGGAGGUGAAGAUGUUUACAAGAUAAAUGAUUGUGUACAGCUUUUUAAUAGGAAAAAUAGCCUGGGACAUGAAACUGGCAUAAAUAUGACUUCGAUAUUCUUCGCCUUCUUUUGAUGUGGGUGUUGAUGAUGCGCACUGGCAGCCUCUGUGUUUGACUUUAUGGAAGCACAGUUUCAGGCUUGAUCUGCUCGGAUUUUGUCAGGUUGUCCACCUUUUCAUGAAUAGAUGAGGUGUUUCUUGUUUCUUAAGUUUAGCUUAGAUACGUUAACACUGGAAUAGCCUGCGUAGCCAUUUUUUUGUGAAGUUGUCUAAGAAUGAGAUUGUUGGGCAGCUCUAAUUUUCCAUAUAUAAAUUAUUUCUGCUGUUGCUUUGGGAUGUCUUUUUUAAAUUAAUUUAUGAACCUAAUUUAUUGUCAUGUAUUUAACUUUUGUAUGCAAUCCCAGUGUUAACACAUGUCAAGUGGGUAUACAUUUGCACUCGAUAACACACAUCAGAUUUGUAAUGACUAAAAUUGUGAUGUUUUAUUUAAGUUGGUUUUAGGUGAUAUGUGUUGUAUUUAAUUCUGAGCCAUGAUUUUUCACUUUUCUUCAUGUCUUAUACCAAACCACAGAUAUUUGUUCCAAGUUAUUGGCAUAGCAGUAAUCUUAAUACGUCCAAGGUUGUAUUUUUUAUGGUUUUUAUACGCCUCUCCUCCCAUUUCGAUGAUUAUUCGCAGAUGUUUUGUGCACAGCUAAUUAAUUCUAAAGUUAAAACACUGAACAAUGUGCCUCCUUUUUAAAAAAUUACCCCAGAACACGAUGCACUACUUCACCUUCCAACUUCCGUCCAACUAUGGUGAGAAGAAAUAUUCCAAAUAAAUUAAGAAA